GGCGCGUCCUGCGCUGCGGGGCUGCCCGGGCUGCGGGGGCAGCGGCUGGUGCUCCGGUCCCCAGGGAGCCCUCCGUGCGGUAGGGUUUGCGUUCUGCCUCCUGCGCAAGGCGGGGGAACAGCCCCCGAGCGGGGAAGGCCGCCGGCGUUCGCAGCGGGAGCCGGGCCGUGCCCCGCCGGGCCGUGCGUGCCCCGCAGGAGGGGUCGCGGGGUUUUGUGUCCCCCCAGGCCCGCGGGGGGCUAUGGCAGCCGCCAGGAGCGUGAUGAGAGCGGUCAGAGUCUUUGAGUUCGGGGGCCCUGAAGUGCUGAAACUCCAGGCAAACGUCUCCGUUCCUGACCCAAAAGAAAACCAGGUGUUGAUCAGAGUCCACGCCUGCGGGGUGAACCCCGUGGAGACCUACGUCCGCGCCGGGGGCUACGCCAGGAAACCAGCCUUGCCCUACACCCCUGGCUCGGAUGUGGCUGGUGUCAUAGCAGGCGUUGGGGAGCGUGUCACUGCUUUCAAGAAAGGGGACAGGGUUUUUACCAUUGGCACCAUCUCUGGAGGAUAUGCAGAGUACGCAGUUGCUGCAGCUGACAGAGUCUUUCCCUUGUCUGAUAAACUGGACUUCAGGCAGGGAGCAGCCCUUGGAAUACCCUACUUCACUGCUUAUCGUGCUCUUCUCCAAAAAGGGCGUGCCAAGGCAGGGGAGAGUGUGCUGGUGCAUGGUGCCAGUGGAGGUGUGGGAAUAGCAACGUGUCAAAUUGCCAGAGCUUGUGGUUUAAAGGUGUUGGGUACAGCAGGAACUGAGGAAGGCAUGGAUGUGGUUUUGAGGAAUGGUGCUCACCAAGUAUUUAAUCACAGAGAAGCUAAUUACACUGAUAAAAUCAAGGAAUACACAGGGACGGAAGGAGUUAAUAUAAUCAUAGAGAUGCUCUCUAACAUCAAUCUUGCUACUGACUUGCAACUGCUGUCCUGUGCAGGAAGGGUGAUGGUUGUGGGCUCUAGAGGCCCCAUUGAGAUAAAUCCCAGAGACACCAUGAGUAAAGAAUCCAGCAUAACUGGAGUUAGUCUGUUUCUUGCAACUGAGGAGGAGAUGCACGAGUGUGCAGCAGCAGUCCUUGAUGGCAUAGAAGCUGGCUGGCUGAAGCCUCUGGUAGGCUCUGAGUAUCCUCUGGAGAGAGCAGCCCAGGCUCACCAGGACAUCAUCCACAGCAGAGGAGCCCAGGGGAAGAUGGUGCUCCUUCCAUAAAGCCCUUCCCACGGGUCUUGGCAGCUCCUCUGACUGCACCUUUGCCUGCAGGAUUCGUUGAAUUAGGUUAUGGAACAUACUUGUGAUCAGGUUUGACAGUAACAGCAAAUGCUAUCUUACCUUAAUUAAUUACAUUCAUUACUUAACAAUCUCUUUCCUUUUGGUAAUAAACAAGCUUGCAUAGACUAGCAAA